CCUCUCUGCUGACGGGAAGCAGCUCCGCCGCUUAACUUCCGGGAGUCUCGGCGGGAUGUCCGCGAGCUGCGACCCGCGCGCCGCCUGAGCUCACCUGGAGCGCGAGGCAGCUGAGCGCGGCGAGCGCGCGCAGGACGAGCCAUGAGGCGGCGGGAAGCGGCGGGGGGCGCGCUGAUUGGCUGGAAGCUGCUGCUGCUGGUCAGCGUGAGCCGCUGUAAGGAGCUGGACGGCGCCGCCAGGACGCGCCACGCCCCCAUGUCUCCCUCCGACUUCCUGGACAAACUGAUGGGAAGGACGUCGGGAUACGACGCUCGGAUCCGACCGAACUUUAAAGGUCCUCCGGUCAACGUUUCCUGCAACAUCUUCAUCAACAGCUUCGGCUCCAUCGCUGAGACCACCAUGGACUACCGGGUGAACAUCUUCCUGCGGCAGCAGUGGAACGACCCGCGGCUGGCGUACGCCGAGUACCCUGACGACUCUCUGGACCUGGACCCGUCCAUGCUGGACUCCAUCUGGAAACCGGACCUGUUCUUCGCCAACGAGAAGGGAGCGCACUUCCACGAGGUCACCACCGACAACAAGCUGCUGCGCAUCUUCAAGAACGGCAACGUGCUCUACUCCAUACGACUGACGUUGACGCUGUCGUGUCCCAUGGACCUGAAGAACUUCCCCAUGGACGUCCAGACCUGCAUCAUGCAGCUGGAGAGCUUUGGCUACACCAUGAACGACCUAAUCUUCGAGUGGCAGGAAAACGGGCCGGUCCAGGUGGCGGAAGGCCUCACGCUGCCACAGUUCAUCCUGAAGGACGAGUCGGACCUGAGAUACUGCACCAAGCACUACAACACCGGUAAGUUCACCUGCAUCGAGGUCCGGUUCCACCUGGAACGGCAGAUGGGUUACUACCUGAUCCAGAUGUACAUCCCGUCCCUUCUCAUCGUCAUCCUGUCCUGGGUCUCCUUCUGGAUCAACAUGGACGCCGCGCCGGCCCGUGUGGCGCUCGGCAUCACCACCGUGCUCACCAUGACGACGCAGAGCUCUGGCUCCAGAACCUCGCUGCCCAAGGUGUCCUACGUAAAGGCCAUUGACAUCUGGAUGGCCGUGUGUCUCCUCUUCGUCUUCUCUGCGCUGCUGGAAUACGCCGCCGUAAACUUCGUGUCGAGGCAACACAAGGAGCUGCUGCGUUUCCGGCGCCAACACAAGAGCAAGACCAAGGAAGUGGAGGUCCAGGAGAGCCGGCCGGCGUCUGCAGCUGCGGCGACCUCCACUCCCAGCAGCACCAAGGACACCAAGGUCAACGCCAACAACGCCGUGGGAGCUGUCAGCAUCUCCCAGAAUGCACCUGGAGGAGGAAGGAGCACGGAGGAGAUGAGGAAGCUGUUCAUCGACCGAGCCAAGAAGAUCGACACGGUGUCGAGAGCCGGGUUCCCUCUGGCCUUCCUCUUCUUCAACAUCUUCUACUGGGUCCUCUACAAGAUCCUGAGACACGAAGAUUUCCACAAGCCCUGAGGACGAGGAGGACGGCGGCGUGUCCUCAGAGGACGGCGUGUCCUCAGAGGACGGCGUGACCUCAGAGGACGGCGGCGUGUCCUCAGAGGAC